AUGGCCGACAAAAGCGCUGUCGAGACUAUUGAAGGGCAACCGUCUGGAAAGACAAAGGCACAAAUUCUCACCGAUGUUUUCUCUCUUGCGACUCAGUUCAGCACUUGUGUGGAGGCCUUCAAUCUUAUCCAUCCAUCCAAAGACAACGAUCACGCGCAAAAAGUCGCACUUGCAAAGCUUGGGCUACAGCAGGGCAGGCUGCUAAUCUUUGGCGAUGCGGUUGGCAUUUCAGCUCCUCCACCAAACAUCGCUCGACAUAUGAUUCCUAGCCAUCCAGGAAUCACCAACCCAGAUCCGCAUCUACCUGUCAAUUUUGGCGUUAGAGAUCCGAGACUGGACGACGAGGUGAUCAAUGCCAAAAUUCGGAAAUCUCUCCAUGAAAUUGCGGGUCGCCCAUCGAACAUGUCACGGGACGAGCUGAUGAAUACUUAUGGGAUGAAGAGUCCUAAAAGCUUCUCUAAACUGGAGUACCCAGCCUUGGACACCAACCGCUUGGAGGGGUUUCGUGAAAAGUAUGCACUGCUACAGGAUCUUCUUAGACAGACGGGUACACGAACGAGCAUCAAGCGCAAUACGAGCAUGACAACGAACCACUGGACCGUCAAGGACGGCGCACGCUUCAACCACUACGUAGCAACCGUGCGCACCGAGGUAGAUUCGCUCAUCGAGCUCAUGGGCGUGAAAGAGCAAGUGGAUCGCGGUACUCGAAGCGAUAUACGAUGCAUGGCCUGGCACCCUGACCUCACCGGCCCCAUCGUCUACCAGGACUGGGAAAAAUUACGGCUUAUUCGCGAAGCUUGCGAGGUUGAUUAUCCCGAGUAUAUUGAAGUCGCAGACUCUGCCCUCAAGUACAUCAAUGAGGAAUUGAAGGAGACAAGCUUAGCAAAACGUCGUGCGAGCUUAGGUCUCGCGGUUCCCAAGGAAAGUCCAGCUGGUGGGCGGCGCAAGUCUGACUACGACAUUCGUACAGCUCCACCAAAGUUUGCCGCAGCAGAUAAGACGCAUCUACAGCUAUCCGCUGAGCGAGCCUGUGACCCGAAUAGUGGCAAAGACAGACGACCCGGUUGGCUCUCUGCGUUCAAGUUCAAGUCUUGGUCGAAGAGUUCAAAGAACAUGAACAAGCAACGUUCAAAUAGCACCCCUGGUCCAGACGAACUUGUCGAGUCAAUGCGCUCUCUAUCAGAAGGCGAAGCAAUACUGCCAGAAAGCGAGGCACCAAACGAGGGCAAUGCUCUUGUACCAGUGCGCUCCAAGUCCCUCAGUGCAAUACCAGAUCCGAAUGGGCCUCUCGAUCUAGACUCUCGUGUGAGGAACUUGUCUAUCGAUAACGACAGGCCAGAUAUGCCCAUUAUCCAGGAAAACGGUGGAGAAGUCUCGUUAUUUCCAGAGCGCGAACAGCUCGACAAGUACGCUCUCUCGCAAGUCAAGACUGUUAGCAGCGAAGGAAGCAACAACCAGCUAUCCGGUGUCAAUACGGUCAACAGCUUGAUUGAUCGCCAUGACAAGUACCCGGGGGUGGGCCGUAUCGAAACGAAGGAUAUCAGGGACGUGUCCCACGACCAUGGUCUCGGUCGCCCAGAGCAGGAUUAG